AACAGAAUGCCUAAAAUAGCUUCCUGAGUGUGGUAGGGGGAGCGACUCACUAUAUAUAUGGGAGAGGAAGUGCUCAGGAACGCGAAAACUCCUCUCCUGGUCAGGGCUUGUGAACGGAGAGGAACGCCGCUCCCAACCACUGCCGCAGAAGCGACAAACUACGUCUCCAGAAGUUCUACUAUACUGUAAACAAUAUAAUUCAUCAUGUGUGACGACGAUGCAACAGCGCUGGUCUGCGACAACGGCUCCGGUCUCUGCAAGGCUGGCUUCGCCGGCGACGACGCUCCCCGAGCUGUCUUUCCCUCCAUUGUCGGCCGCCCUCGUCACCAGGGUGUGAUGGUCGGCAUGGGUCAGAAGGAUGCAUACGUCGGCGACGAGGCCCAGAGCAAGCGAGGUAUCCUGACUCUAAAGUACCCCAUUGAGCACGGCAUCAUUACCAACUGGGACGACAUGGAGAAGAUCUGGCACCACACCUUCUACAACGAGCUCCGUGUCGCCCCUGAGGAGUCCCCAACACUGCUUACGGAGGCUCCCCUCAACCCCAAGGCCAACCGUGAGAAGAUGACUCAAAUCAUGUUCGAGACAUUCAGCUGCCCCGCCAUGUAUGUGGCCAUCCAGGCCGUACUGUCCCUGUACGCCUCAGGCCGUACCACUGGUAUCGUGCUGGACUCUGGCGACGGUGUAUCACACACUGUUCCCAUCUAUGAAGGUUAUGCUCUCCCACACGCCAUCAUGCGUCUGGACCUGGCUGGCCGUGACCUGACUGACUACCUCAUGAAGAUCAUGACAGAGCGGGGGUACUCCUUCACCACCACGGCUGAACGCGAGAUUGUUCGUGACGUUAAGGAAAAACUUUGUUAUGUCGCUCUUGACUUCGAGAAUGAGAUGGCACAAGCUGCUGCUUCGACUUCCUUAGACAAGUCCUAUGAGCUACCCGACGGUCAGGUCAUCACCAUCGGUAACGAACGCUUCCGUGCUCCUGAGGCUCUCUUCCAGCCUUCCUUCUUGGGCAUGGAGUCAGCUGGUGUUCAUGAAACUGUUUAUCAAUCUAUAAUGAAGUGUGACGUUGACAUCAGGAAGGAUCUCUAUGCUAAUACUGUCAUGUCUGGGGGAACCACCAUGUACCCUGGUAUUGCUGACCGUAUGCAGAAAGAAAUCACCUCGCUUGCCCCUUCCACCAUCAAGAUCAAGAUCAUUGCCCCUCCUGAGCGGAAGUACUCCGUCUGGAUUGGCGGCUCUAUCCUGGCGUCUCUGUCUACAUUUCAGUCCAUGUGGAUUACCAAGGAAGAAUACGACGAGUCUGGCCCCGGAAUUGUUCAUCGAAAAUGUUUCUGAUUUAUAAAUGCUGUACUGCCAGUAUUGUCCAACAGCUGCCUGUAUUAUUUGUCUUCUACAUUUUACAAAAUAAAAUUUGUUAUAUUUUGUUUCUGAUUUUUAAUAAUUAUAAUAAAUAUUAUAUUUAUAUGCUGAUCUGUAUCAUGUGUUAAUAUGGUAAGGGAUUAAUAGAAAAGAAUAAUAUAGUACAGAAGCAAGCUGAAACUUUUGAAGUAAUAGUAAAAAAUAUGCUUUGGAAUGGCUGGUGGAAAGCAGAAUUUCUUGUCAAAGUCUCAAGUAUUUAGAGCACAAGAGAACUCUCAACCGUCGUCUUGUGUACCAUUUAUCUUUUUCCUUGUGAUAUUGAUGUGACACAGGAGUAGCUGUGGACCUCAUUACUGACAUACCUUACAUUGCCUCACAUUCCUCUGUUGUCUACUAACCUUCAGAGUAUAUUUUUAACGUUGCCACGGCUGUAUGUAAAACAAGAGUUUAGAUGAAUGGACAGAUGAAUAAUUAUAGAUUAAUACAGAUUUUGUAGAUUACGUCACGCAAAAAAUCUAAAUAAAAUCAUGCUUCUGA